ACAAUGGCUUUUGUCUAGCGGCCCACAACAUCCACCGUAUCAGCUGCCCUUAAACAAACAGAGCGAGCUCUGAAACCCUAGAUUCGUCCCUCGCUGUAUAAAUCUCGCGCAAAACCCUAGAACAUCUGGUUCGGCGUACAAGAUGUCGAAGCGAGGGCGUGGAGGAUCGGCGGGGAACAAGUUCCGGAUGUCACUGGGUCUGCCGGUGGCGGCGACGGUGAACUGCGCCGACAACACCGGGGCAAAGAACCUGUAUAUCAUCUCGGUGAAGGGGAUCAAGGGCAGGCUAAAUCGGUUGCCCUCGGCAUGUGUCGGCGACAUGGUUAUGGCCACCGUGAAAAAGGGGAAGCCUGACCUUAGAAAGAAGGUGAUGCCCGCCGUCAUCGUCCGGCAGCGCAAGCCGUGGCGCCGAAAGGACGGUGUCUACAUGUACUUUGAAGAUAAUGCUGGAGUCAUUGUCAAUCCGAAGGGUGAAAUGAAAGGGUCUGCUAUCACCGGUCCCAUUGGCAAGGAGUGUGCCGAUCUGUGGCCAAGGAUUGCUAGUGCAGCCAAUGCUAUAGUCUAGUCCAAGUUCUCACUUGGUGGUGUUGAAGUUCACUAUAUUAAGAAUUUAUACUUGUUUUCUUGAAUUUGUUUAGGCGUUUGAUUUACCAAUGACGUUGAAAAUUCUGUUCCCCAAUGAGAAAAUGACAUCCCAAUGACUGCAGUUACAUUUUGUGUCCUCCUUUUUGACUCUGAAAUGUUUGAAAUUGGGUUUUAUACAUGAUGUCAUCUGUUGAAGAUGAGGUAUUAAUUCA